CGUCAAUUUUGAGGGUUGACUUACUGUCUUUCUAUGGCGGUCUGCGACCUGCUUUGGUGAUUUCGUGUUUAUUAUAACUAAACCUUGUGUCAACCCGUGUGCAUAAGUCCGUUUGAUAUUUGUUAAUUUGGGUUGUCCCUUCUUGUGUUUAAUUUCAGCGUUUACCAUUGUUGAGUAUUGUGUAUCAUAAUUAUUUCGGUGACCUGCCGGCUGUCUACUCAUAGUUUCAUCGAUUAUAGUUCGAAGACUGUCUUGUAAUCAUUUACCACGUUUUCCCGUUCAUGGAUUAUUUGGAUAUUUGACGUGUUUCGCAGAUUUUGUAUUAAAAAAAACUGAAAACACAUGGGUAGUUACAAUAGCGUGUAACUUUGGACAUGCUAUUAUGAUAAAGUAAUUAGGUAAUUGUGAUUUUUGUAUUAUAUUUAAUUGUAUAUUUGAACAAUUGUUUAAUGUUUUUUUCGUUAUUAUGUGGAUUAUUAUAUUGGUUAUUUAUCUGUUACUUAACAGUGUUUUCAGGCCCAAAAGUAUCAAAAUGAAGAACUUAAAAAACCAAUGAAAUAUGUCUGCCGUCUAAUCAGUUAACUGCUGUUCUUUCAAAAAAUUGCCGACUAACACUCUUUAUCAUAGGGAUUCUCAACUUUGGCUUUUGCUUUUGGCAAUACAUAUAUCAAUAUGGAUCUAACACUUGAAGAUCAAAUGCUUUUACAUAGUGAAAAUUUUGAUCUGUGCAGAAUUUGUUUAUUUGAACCAGAAACAAACAGAGAUAUGCACUUUGAAAACAUUUUCUCAUAUAGAAACAAAGAAAUUCAAAUACAGGAACAAAUAAAGGAGUAUUUAAACAUUCAAGUAUGUGUUCCUAUAUAUAUACAACUAAAUAUAUUAAAAUAACAAUUUGCUAAUAAGGGAUAAUAUAUUAUCUUAGGUUGAGUUUGAUGACGUUUAUCCAAACAUCAUAUGCGAGAAGUGUUUGAAUACAUUAAAGGCAAUCAAUGAUCUGAAGAAAUCAGGAGCUGAAUCACAAAUUGUUUUAAAAUACAUAGCCAGAAAAAAAGUAAGACAAUAGGUAUUUAAUUAGGCGAGAAAACUGCAGUACAUGGGGUAAUUGAGAUAGGAGUAAAGCGUACAACUAAAGUGAUACAGGUGAAUUAAAAAUAAAAAAUAUUGGGAUACGGAGCAAGAUCUUAUUUUUGUAUAUUUUUGGUGAAAACUGGGAAUGGGCAAAGUCAGGCGGAGAAACUCAGUUAAACAUCGUCAAAAUGCAGUAUCUGUAUUUUUGAAAUUUUUACAUAAAAACAAUUUUUGUUGUACAUCAGGUCCCUAACUUAACUUCAUAUUAUAAACUUGAAACUUAGAAUAAUUAAUAAGAUAAUUGAUAGAAUUUAAAUUAGAUCACCAAAAUUAUUUUUCAGCUUUCAUUCAACUGUAGAUACUGUGUUUUAAAAUUGAAAAUUCAUAUAAUAAAUUUAAUUUUAAAACAGGAAAUGUAAAUAAUAUUUAUUGAAUCACUUCUUCUUCUUAUCGUGUCCAGUGCUAGAGCUAUAUGCUAUUACAAUUAUACAUAAAUACAUAAAGUUGUCUAAAAAUAGAUAGGUUAGGAUAUGAGUAUAAAAUAUAAAGUAAGAUGUUUAAAUAUUUUGUUUUAGCUAGUGAAUUGUAAUUGAUAUUGCUUUUUCGUUGGCUAAAGCCAAGUCGNCACAUUUGCAUAGUAUGUCCAAUUCUUUCUGGUAUCCCCAUUCCAUCAUGUUUGCUUUUGUUUUUGCUACUCCAGUUCUCAACCUUUUUAAUGUCUUCUAUAUAGUCCAUGGUUGGUUUCCUCCACAAGGUAGGUGCUCAGCAAACGGGACAGGUUUUUCACAUUGUAGUUCUUCUCUCCAUUUUAGUAUUCUGUGUUGUUCCGGUGGAUCUUGGAUUGUGGUUGAAUUGGCAAUAAAGCUUCUUCGGGAUUUAAGUCUCCUUUGGGGUCCUGAGUAACCAUGCAUGGGAUGUCUUUGAUCCAUUGUUUGUUUGGUUCUAUCCAUGCAUGUGGCCACAUGUCUUCGUAUUUUUGGUCGAGCUAUCCCUGCUAAUGGGUAUAUGUAUUUAAGUGGCGUUGGCUUAAGGCAUCUGGUUAUUAUCCUACAAGUCUCGUUGAGGGCCGUAUCAACAUGUUUUGAAUGUUUAGAUUGGUUCCAUACUGAGUUAGCGUACUCACCAGCGGAGAAACAAAGUGCUAGUUCAGUAGUACGGAUCGUGUUUGGAGUUGCCUCCCACUUGCUACCUGCUAGUUUCCGUAUUAGAUUGUUUCUUGCUUCGACUUUCAUUUUAGUUUUCUUACACUGUUAUUUGAACGUAAUAGUUCUGUCCAGUGUGACCCCUAGGUAAACUGGGUGUUCUGUAUUUCCCUAUGGUUUUCCAAGCCAUUCAACUUUUAGUUUUCUUUUUGCCUCGCGGUUUUGGAGGUGGAAGCUGCAUAUCUGUCUUAUCUGGAUUGGGUCUUAGUUGGUUUUUUAUGUAAUAAUUUGUUAAUUCUUGAAGUGAUUUGGUAAGUUUACGUUCGACAAUUUCGAAGGUUGUGUCCUGUGCUGCUAGGGCUAAGUCGUCUGCAUAUACGAAAUGUUUUGUUUCCUUAAUAAUGGGUUGAUCGUUGGUGUAUAUGUUGAAUAACAUAGGCCCUAGUACGCUACCUUGGGGUAAUCCAUUUCGUUGGUUUCUCCAUCUGCUCCAUUUGUUAUUUAGUGUGACUGUAAAACGCCGAUUGUGUAGCAUAGAGUAUAUUAUUCGGACAAAGUGCCAGUCAUCUGUACAUUCAUAUAUCUUUUUAAGUAAAAGAUUAUGAUUCACCGUAUUGUACGCUGCGGAUAGUUCUAUGAAAACCACCCCUGUUACUUUUUUGUUCUCGUAGCCGUCCUCUAUAUGUUUGCACAGGUUUAAUACCUGUCCUGUACAGUUUUUGCCUGGCCUAAAACCAGCUUGCUCAGGAAUAAGUUUUCUUUCGACUUGGCAUUUGAUACGAUUCAUGAUCAUACGUUCAUACAAUUUAAAGNCUUAUCGCGGCAUAAGUUUAGAAAAGUUAAUAACCAUUGUUUAGCUUUUAUGCUGAAUUCUUUUAUUUGUUCUGUCAUUAUUUCGUCCAACCCAGGUGCCUUUCCGUUUUUCAUCUCCUUCAGGCUCUCAUUUAGUUCAUCAAGACUAAAGUCAAGCUGGUAGUUGUUUUGCUCAAUGUCUAGGUUUCUGAUGAGUUUUUCUCUUUUGAUUUUUGUCCCUGGUUUACUGUUUAAGAGUAGCUGUGUGGCUACUUGAUUAGCUGUUACGUUUAUAUUGUUAGUGUGUGUAACCGGGUCCCCACUUAGCCUCUUGAUGAGCCGCCAUAAUUUUUGGUGUUUUUGGUCAUGUCUAUAUUCUCAAUGAGUCCAUGCCACCUGUCAUUUCUAUCUUUACAUAGGUGGUUAAUCAGGGUUUCUCCUAGCGUUAAUGUUUCUUCGCUAAAUGGGUCUACAGAGAAUGAUUUUCCAUAUUUCUUAUUUAUUUAGGUUUCUUCCGUCAUUCCACUUAUAUAUUGUUCUCUACAUCCCCGUGGAAUAUGUAGUCUUGAGGUUUUCUUGACUUUUUCUACAAAUUUCUCAUAGUUUUCUGGCUUUGGGUCUAAGUUANCCAUAUUUCUUAUUUAUUUCGCGUGUUUCUUCCGUCAUUCCACUUAUAUAUUGUUCUCUACAUUCCCGUGGAAUAUGUAGUCUUGAGGUUUUCUUGACUUUUUCUACAAAUUUCUCAUAGUUUUCUGGCUUUGGGUCUAAGUUACGUAUUUCCUUAUCCAGAGUUUCCUUAAAGUCUUUCCACUUGGCUUUCCUAAAAUUAAAUCGUCUUUUAAAUGGCACGGUUUGGGGUCUUACUACUUCUGUGAUACUUAAUGUCAAACCUCGGUGUUGGGUAUUUGGUAUGGGGUUACAAACGGUUUUUAUGGUUUGAGGGACUAUUAUAUCGCUUACGAAGGUUAGGUCUGGGUUGUAACUUUUCUUCCACCGACCACUAUUGAAGGAUGAGGAAAGUUUUGGAUCGUGAACUAGAGACAAGCCUUCAGCCUCAGCCCGUGAUUCAACUUUUUCCCCUUUUAGAUCCGUUUCCUGGUAUCCCCACGUGACACUAUGGCUGUUGAAAUCGCACAAAACUAUCUUUGUAUCACUGUUGUCAAAGUGAUCCGCUUUUUCAAAAGCGAACGCAAUGUUUGGUGGUUUGUACACCGAAGUAAUUGUACAAUUUCAUACUUCAAUAGUUAGUAUCUCAAUCUGAUUGCUAUGACUAUAUGAUGAGCUUUUGAUCACCAGUUCUGGUUUAGUAUAUAUUGCUUUUCCAUUUUGUGAAUGUGGUAAUUCAAUGACAAGGUUCAAUCCCGGUAUUUUUGGUCUAAUGCUGGCCUCAUCUCGGUGCGUUUCUUGGACACAUAAAACAUCGCACCUCUGUGACUUACAAAGUGAAGCAAGAAGCUCACCUUUAGUCACAGAAAACCCUUCGAUAUUUUGUGUUAUGACAUUAAUUGCAGGUGGAAGUGGCCCUAAAAAGGGCCUUUUCGAUUUUGAAUGCCUAGACAUUCUAGCACCGGUGUUGGUAAGAUUAGUUCGCGAUAUUUUAUCCUGGUAUGGAGUCAUAUAUCGCGAUGCAGGGGACGCCACGUGCAGGCUCUUACCAUGCCCCCUCCCCCCCCCCCAUUGAAUCACUAAGAGCAUAUUUUCAUAUGCCGUUUAACACGUUCACUGCCAAUGACGACAACAUGUCGGUAAUACCCAGCCGAUGACGAUGUGUGAUAAACAUAGGAGGUUUUUGACUAUAAAUAAAUUAUUCGGCUAUUGAUUAACAAUUUCAAUUAUUUGUGUGGCUAGUAAAGGUUUAUAAAUCGUUGUAUGCAGUUUUUUUUUUGUUUUUCUCUUUUAAUCGCAGAAAAACAUUAAUUUUCCUAACAAGUAGAUAGUAAUUUAAAUUUAAUUUAGUUUUUAAUUUUACAAUAAAUGAGUGGCAUCGAUCGACAAGACUAGAUGACAUCUUAUUACUCUUUUGAAAGAAAAAGUCUAAAGUGGUACAAAAAAAAUCUGUUUUUAUUUUCUUUAUUUUAUUGCUAAUAAAUUCAUACUUUUUAUAAAACAAACACGUGAAAAAAUACCAUUAUACAAAUACAGAUUAUCAACUAUACAAAAUGUUUUACCAAGUGAUGAAAAUAUUCCAAAUACCAUUCAUAAAACUAAAAACCUGAUGACUUUCAUUUUCCAAAAAAGUUCUAAAAAAAGAAAAGAAAAGGUAUCUAUACAAAAGAUGUAAAAUUUGUUAUGAUAAAAGUAUUCGUAAAGAUACAAUUUAUUACUGUGAUCAAUGCAAUGGGGAGCCUAGUUUAUGUUUAGAAAAAUGUUUUGAAGAGUAUCUUAAUUAAAUUUAAAUUAAUAUCGUUUUAAUUAUAUUUAUUUUAAUAUUUUAAUAAAAAUAAAUGAAGACAAAGAAAAGUCAAGUUAAUUUUUUUUUAAUAGGACUAUUUAUGUUUAGUGUAAACCUUAUAUAAAUAAGUGGUUUGGAAAAUUAAUAUUUUAUUCUUAUAAAUUAUCAUAAUAAUAUUAAUCAGUCAAUGAUAAGAGUUGUAUAAUAUAUUAUGAUGACAACGCUUCAUCUUAUUUUGUAAAACCAGAUUAUUCACUCUGGCGAGUGGUGAAUGACAAAUAAAAAUUAGUGGAGGCAAACAUGUUUCAACAAAUUUUUUUAGAAGUCUAAAGUCAUUAGUGAACCAUUAAAAUCUAUCCAAUAUUCUAUAAUAAUUGAUCUUUAAUAAUAAAUACUAUUUAUUUUAAACCAUAUAAUAAAUCAGUUUUUAUGUUGACUUUUUUUUUUUGUUUUUCACUCGUAGAAAUCUUUUCAGUUCCACAAUAUUUAGAUUCUGUCAGUUUUGUGAAGUACAAUUCUUCUAAUCUUCAGUCGUAAAUAUCCAGGGUAAUUUCAUUAAGUGUGAUCACUCCAUUAUCACUCUUAUACAAUUAAAUAGUUGUUUAUUGCUGAAACUCUUGUGAACAUUGUUUAAAUGUCUGCAAAAAACAGAGGGUGAUAUUAUUUAUGAACCAAGGAUAUUCUUUUAAUAUAUAAAAUAAAUAAGAUAGGUGAUGAGUGACUGUCUUUGAGGGGAUUUCUAAAAAUUUUCUUUGGAAAAAUAUAAAUUGUACAAAUUAAGGUUGGCUGUUUAAUAUAUUAUUGACUGGUUUAGUUAGGUGUGUGUCUAAGAACUUUCUAACAGUUUGCUAAUUUGAAUAAGUCCGAAAAUCUGUUUGAAUUUUUAAUGUCACAUUUGUCACCUUUUUUUGACAAAUCAGGGUAAUAACACUUAUUUUCCAGAUAGACAGGAAAGUCCCUUCAUGUAAUUUUUUAUUCGAAAAAAAAAUUAAAUAGGUUAUGGAAUCUGAUAGGUUUGCAAAAGGUAACCAGAAACUAUCAGGGCCAGGAGACUUAAACUUCCUUUGUGAAAAUCUUUAAUUUUUUUACUGUAGACCACUUUUAUCCUAGAAAACUAGCCCCGAUGUAAUAAUGUAGCACCUUUUCUGAAAGUCAAUUUUAUCUACUUGGUAAAUACAUAGGUUAUUUUUUCGAACAUGUAUUUAAAAUAAAAAAACGAUUAUUAGGGGGGGGGGGAAAUAAGAAUUUUUCACUAUUUCGUUACUUUAAAUUAGUACCUACCACAUUUUCUAGCACAAAUAUGGUUCCAAUUGAAAAAUGACGAGAGACCUUUUUUGUUUCAUUAUAAAUCUUGUUUCUUAUGGUGCAAAUAGUUUUUUUGAUUUCAUAAUGUUGUUGUAAUUCGGUUAAAAAUAUUUAUAGUGACUUAAAUGGACAGAAUGCUCACAUUUCAUUGUUUAAAUUGCACCAGUGUAUAUUGCAUAUCAUAAAUUUGACAAAAUAUUGAUAAUUUCAGCUAUAAUUACUAGUAAUUUAUAAUCUGAGAAAUUUUCUGUCAGCUUAAUGAUUAUACUGUUGUUGAUGAAAAUGAUAACAGCACUUAUUUGAAUAGUAAAGUUGUGUUUCGGUGAUUAAAGAAAAAAUUCCGGUACUUCAAAUGAUGUAUUACUGAACUGCGCUCGAAAUCGUCUUACGUCAGCAAUGGUUUAUCGUUGCUUACAGAUAUAAAUGAAAUAACCUUAUGUAUCCUACCUUCCCAACUUCCCACCUGCAACAGUGGUUGCACCUAUCCCCAGUAUCAGCUCUUUAUUAUUACAAAUUACAUAUUCAUAUAUAUACAUACUAUAGAAAUUAUUUAAUAAUACAAAUAGAAAAAUAUGAUAUACACUAAUUAUUUAUAAAAUACAUACAUAACACAUAAUUUUUUUAAAUUUAUUAUUUUGAUCUUAUUUAAAAAAAAUUAUCAAUAUUAGUUUGCUUCUUACUUAUUAUUGAUUAUUGAUAAAUGCAUCCAAGUGCUUCCCUCAUUACCUUGUCUAAGAAAAAAUAUUCUCAAUGUUUCUAAAGAUUUCUUUGCCUCCCAUAGUCAGAUUGGUAGAUCUGGUUUUUCGUCUUUGUCUUAAUCUGAAUUAUGUUUAUCUUCUAUUAAUUGAAUGAUUGCAUUAUCAAUGUUUACAUUUUGAUCAUAGCAUUGCACAUUUGAAUCCAGAUGUUCAAAUUCCACAUUGUUCAGUACUCUUACGAUAUUAUAUUCUUUAGAAUUUGGUUCUAAUUGUUGAUCUUCCAAAAAAUCACACUUGCGAAAAAUAUUUUUAUCAUCCAAUUGCUUUCAUCACUCCAGCUGUCUGAAAUUAGUUGAAUUGCCUGCAGGAUAUUAAUUUUUUUUACUGAUAUCUAUUGCCGUUGAUUGUGGUUGAAGUAAAUUGUCUUCAAUCUUUUCUAAAAUGGAAUUGGCUAGUGUUGCUCUAUACUUAACCUUUAAAUUUUGGAUAACACCCAUAUCUAAAGGCUGAAUUAGUGACGUUGUAUUUGGAGAUAAAAAUUCAAGUUUGAUGUUUUUCAAAGGUACAUUAGGAGGAGCAGUACAGUUAUCUAAGACGAGACAUAUAGACUUUUUUGUUUUGUCCAACUCUCUAUCCUAACGUUUCGAUUUGCGUGAUACCUACACAACUGAUAAUUUUUUGUAAGUGAUUUGUUGAAAACUUGUUUUUUUACUUUUCUCAAUCACUAAGCUCUUUUGUUAGUCCCACUUAGUUAUUUUAUCCAUAGCUUUUUUUUAAUCCAGUUAUCGAUUCAGUUUUAAAACAGAACCAUCUGAGGUUGCACUAUAGUACAAUACCGUUUCAUCUAUAUUGAGAGAAAAUUUUACAAGAACCUCUGGAAGUUUUAUAAAUGUCCAUUCAUCAGCACCAUCUGAUAAAUUUUAUGUCAGGUAAUUUUAAAUUUAUUUGAAUUGCUGGGUGGGAAGGAGCAAUAGGGAUUAACAUUCAUCUUAAAGAUUGACAAUUGUUUUUUAAACAUUUGAAAAUACCAGAUCCAAAACAUUUCCAGACAAAUUAACCUUAUGUUAUUGAAUAAAUUUAACAAUGAACAAUUCUCUAUAAUAGAACUUCCUAUCUAGGGUAAAAUUAAUUUUUUUUUUUUUUAAUAUUAGUAAUUUUUAAAAGAUUAUUGAAGAAGGACACCCUUUUCCCCAGCCUCGGAUCUGUUGUUGAAUUCAAUAUAAAUAUCCUUUAUAACACCAUGUUCUAUUUCAGUGCAGUCUUUAAUGAUGACUUUAUUAUUGAUGAAUGAAGGAGACUAAUUUUUUAGUUUCACAAAAGACAAUAUAACUCUAUCAUCAUCACUAGUACUGCCUAAAGUUCAUUUGAUUGGUUUUUUUCUAGAUGUUGGUGAACAACCAAGUCUUGAAAUAUUGACAACUUUAUCAGGAUUAAUGGAGCAAUAUGCAAACAACUCAUUAACUUACUCAGUGUCAAAUUUAUGUGCUCUUUGACAUUCAUACUUAAAGACUCCUUAACACCAUGAAUAUUGGUAUUAAGUGAGCAAUUUCGGAUGUCUAAAACCUCAUGCAUAAUUGCCUGAUUAAAUAUAUAUAGAAAUAAAUCUGUCAAAUAGGCCCUUUAUUUUAUGUUGUUAAGGUUGUUAUGACGUUUUUAUUUCUGUUUAUUAUUGUUUUUUUUAUUUUAAAUUAUCAUUUAAUUUCUGUACUAAAAAUUGCUAAAGCAUUUAAUUCCCUGUUUCGUCCCCUUUUAGUUUUAUUUUCAUGGUACAAAGUAGCCUAUGUUAUUCUCCAAGGUCCCAUUUAUCUAUACCAAACAAAUUAUCUAAAUUGGUUUAGCAGCUUAGGUAUAAAAACGUAACAGACAGACUUACUUGUACAUAUUUUAUAAUAUUAGUUGAAAAUUAGAACUAGGAUUUCUAUUUAUUUUGUUCGCUUUUUCUGCAGUCUGGUUUUUGACAUUUUUAUUUUUUUGUAUAUUUAUUUAAUUAGUGAUAAAAUAUUAAAAACAUAUUUUUUCAUAGUAUGUAAUAUAAAAAAGUAUAUUGUUGUGUUGAGGUUUUGUAAACAAUGCAAAAAAAAUGGAAUUAAUAUAUAUAUAUCUAAUAAUUCAGUUCAGGCAUCGUAUAGUUGUAUGAAUAAAGAAACAAAUGUAGAUAGGUAUAAAAGGCUUAAACACUUAUUAUACCCUCCUUGUAAUUGGAUAAUUAGACAAUUUAGUAUAGUUAUUACCUGUAUCUGUUUUAGCUUGGAUCUACUAUUGAAGAAUCCGGCCAUUCAACAUUUAUUGAAUCUAAUUUUUUAUCAAAUUCAACAAAUACUAAUGAUUUCACUGUUAAAACUCAACCAUUUUCUCAAAACGAAUUAAAAAUAUCAAUAAAUUCUAAUAGCAUUACUAAUCAAGGUACUUCAAGUCAUUCAUUUACUACAAAUCUGGCAAAUUUUAAUAAAUCUGAAUCUGAAUCCGAUGAUAAUGAUAAUGAUAAUGAUAAUGAUAAUGAUGAUGGUGAUGAUGAUGAUGAUGAUGACGACGAUGAUGACGACAACAUAUCUUGCCAAGAAAUAAGUUUCAAACAAGAUAUUAUUUGUAUAUCGGACAGUGAAGAAUCUAUUAGUGAUAUUCAAGGGAGCUCAAAUAAUCAUAGAUUAAACAAGUUAAAACGCUACUGUACUAUCUGUCAAAAGAGAGCAUAUUCUUACCAUAAAUGUUCAUCAAAUAACUCGGAAUUUUCUACUUGUUUAGUACCUAACUGUAACAUACUGUGUAGAUCAAUGGUAGAUUUUGAACCACAUUAUCGACAACAUAUUGGUAUGUCUUCUAGAGCAAUUAUGUGUAGGUUUUGUUUCAAAGAAGUACAACCCUCUGAACGUGAUGUGAAUGGUUUUCACACUCAUUGCCAUGUAGAUAAUAUGUUUAAAUGUUAUAUAUGUAAUAUUAUGUUUAACAACAUAUCUGAGUUUGCUUAUCAUAAACUAAAAACACAUAAUGGCCGUCUUAUAAACGCUGCAGGAAACUAUUUAUGUUUUCAUUGUGAAAAAUCAUCACCAGAUUUAUUGAAUAUUAAUGAACACAUUACACAAUGCCUUGAAAAUAAUAUGAAACAUGAAGAUGAGUUGGCACAUGAAAAAAGUUAUGCAGCAAAUGUAAAUGAAAAAAUGAUACGUAAAAGAAAUAUACUAGGAGAAAAGAUCCCACCUUCAUCACACAAAGUGCUUUUUACAUGUUUGAAACCUAAUUGUAAUCUCAUCUUUCAAAGUUUUCCUGUUUUUAAACAUCAUUACCGUGAGCACUUUGAAAUCGGACAUCAAUAUAUGUGUUGGCAGUGUUGUAUGCCUUUUUUCAAUAUAAACAUUCUUCGAAUUCACCAAGUGAAGGGUAACUGUCGUACUCCUGGCAUGUUUAAAUGCUUCUAUUGCACUGAAAAAUUUAAUGAUAUCCAAUGUUUAAGUAUUCAUAAAUUUACCAAGCAUAAUGGCGUUUUAAUAUGUAAGAAUAAACAGAACAUUUUGUGUGCAUUUUGUAAAAUUACAACUGAUAUUGAUAAUUUCAAAAAUCAUUUGGUGGAAUGUCAGUUAAAGAAUGACAAAACAGUGGAACAUACCACUUCAGUUCCAACAAGAAGUGUUAUUAAAAAGCCAAAGUAUAGUAAUUUUAGUUGUGAACGUUGUACUAAAGUUUGUGUUACAGCAGCAGCUCUAUCAAGUCAUAAAAAAAUACAUGAUCCUAAUAGACAAAAAAAAAGUUUUAAAAACAAAAUAAAUAAUUCGACUAUACAGAGUGAUGGACUUCAUCAUCAACCUGUUAACAUUGCUGAAAAUAAAGAAAUGACUCAGAGUAAUGAUACCAGUCAAACUAACUAUUUGAAUGAUUUAUAUUUUUGUGGUAAUUGUCCUAAACAGUUUAAUACUAGAAAAGGAUUGGCAAAACAUCGUUCUGUUUGUUCUAAAUUAAAAAAUAUCCCUAAAAAAGACCCACCUAAAAAAUAUUAUUGUACCAAGUGUAAAGAAUAUUUUACACAUUCGGGUUUUGCGGAACAUUGGAGAAUUAUUCAUGGAAUAAGACUAACUUCUAAACGACGGUGUCCUUGUAAUAAAUGUCCCUUUUUAUUCAUGUACAAAAUAGCAUUAUUAAUGCAUAAAGAACAUGUCCAUGGUGAAUUGCAUAAUACUUUAAAUAUUACUAAUACCGAUGCUGUUGAUUGUGAAAUUAAGAUACCAGAACUGAUGGCAAACAAUGAUGCUGAAGAAAUUAUGGAUACUAAUGAAAAAAACCUCAAUGUCAAAACUGAAUAUCAUGAAAAUACGGAUUCAUUAUUAAAUAUUAAUGAUCAAUGCGAAGAGUCUGAUGAUAGAGAAUUAGGAAAUAGAAUAAAAGAUAAUAUGAAUGGUCAAGAUAUCGGUAAUAAUAACGAUAAUAUUAAUAUUGAAAAUGGAUCUCUGUGUGAAGUUCCAAUUGUAAACCAAAGUACUUUUGAAUCAAAUGAUUGUGAAAUGACUUCAAAAGAACUACUCAAUGAUAAAGAUAAAUUGAUUGCAGAUAAUGCAAAUGAAAUGAAUGACAAAAAUAAAGAUACAACAUUCAAAACAGAAUUUGUCUACAGAAAUAUGAUAAUGAAGGAUACUUCUCUAACAGAAGAAAAUCAAAUUGGUUUAGUUCAACCAAUAUCAAUAAAUGGUACCCAAAAUAUGAAUGGCAAUGAAAAUGAAACCUCUAAUCCAAUAAUUGCAAGUGAUCAUCAAAGAAUUAACGAAUAAUAAUUGUUCAAUAGUUGACGUAAGUGAAAACUUAACUAAAAAUGACCCAGAAAUAACAUGUUUGUUAUUUGUUCUGUAUUACUUGACUGAUAAACCCUACAGACAUUUUUUUUUA